AUGGGGGAUUGCGAGCGGGCAUUCGAAGCAGUUAAGGAUAAGUUAGUUAGCGGGCCCGCGCUAGCGCAUUACUCGCCGUCGCUGCCGCUGGUACUCGCCGUGGACAGCAGCGCGUAUGGUCUGGGUGCCGUGCUGGCGCAUCGCAUGCCCGACGGCAGCGAACGCAUCAUCAGCUGCGCCUCGCGCACACUCACCGACACGGAGCGGCGCUACAGCCAGAUCGACAAGGAGGCACUGGCGAUCGUCUACGGGGUAAGCAGGCACCAUCAAUAUCUGUUUGGACGUAAAUUUACUCUUCGGAGUGAUCAUAAGGCACUCACGUACAUCUUCGGACCGAAACACGGCAUACCACAAACGGCAGCUAGUAGAUUGCAGAGAUAUGCUGUACGUCUAGCGGCAUACGACUUCGACAUCGUCUUCGUAUCUACGGACAAAAACGGCAACGCCGAUGGCUUGUCCCGCCUACCGCAGCCGACUUCAACUAAGUCGACGGAGGAGGAGGACGCUGCGACUUACUUGCAUUUUGUUGAAGACAGCUUCCCUCUUAGCCAUAAGGAUGUGGCAAAGGAGACGGCAAAGGAUGUUACGUUAAGAAAGAUAUAUGGGCAUAUUAUAAGCGGUUGGCCACAGCAGACCGAAAUCGAAGGCGAGAAGCCUUAUUUUCAUCGCAAGAAGGAGCUACACGUCGAUCAUGGAUGCAUCGUGUGGGGAUACCGGGUGGUCAUACCUGGUACCCUGCGCAAACAGAUAGUGGAGGAGGUUCACGCGGGCCACGUGGGCAUGGUAAGGAUGAAGCAAAUAGCUCGCAGCUAUGUGUGGUGGCCACGGCUCGACGCGGAGCUGGAGGAACGCGCGCGCACGUGCGCCGCGUGUCGCGACCAGAGGGAUGCGCCGCCGUGCGCCACUCCUGUGCCUUAUGCCUGGCCUUCGGAACCGUGGACCCGGUUGCACGCGGACUUUCUACAACAUGGUGGGCGAUAUUACUUGCUCGUCAUCGAUGCUCAUUCUAAGUGGAUCGAGGUGUUUCACAUGUGUGGCGGAACAUCUGCGGCUACGGUGGAAAAUAAAUUCAGAGAAUUAUUUGCUCGAUUUGGUAUUCCUAGACAAAUUGUUACGGAUGGAGGGCCACCUUUCACUUCCUGUGAAUUUGAGGAGUUUUUGAAGACAAAUGGUGUAGACCAUAUAGUUACGGCACCGUACCAUCCGUCGAGCAACGGGGCGGCAGAAAAUGCUGUAAAGACCGUGAAAAAGGUCAUCAAAAAGGCUCAAGUGGAGGGCGAAAAUGUCGACCGCGCGUUAAGCAAAUUUUUAAUGCAGUAUCGCAACAGUACGCAUUGCACCACACAACGCGAACCGGCUGUAGCCAUGCUCGGGAGAAGGCUACGGACGCGUCUCGAUCUGUUGCGUCCCGCCGCCGCCACGGGCGAGGCGGUGGCGCGCGCGCAAUGCACGCAGCUCCGGCACGCGGGGGGGCGCGCGCGCAAUCUUGGUGUCGGCGAUGUCGUACUAGUUAGGAAUUACGGAAAAGGAGACAAGUGGAUGGAGGGAAUAGUGACAGAGCGUACGGGCAAGGUCACCUACGCGGUUAAUACCGGUGAUAAAAUAAAGACCAGACAUAUUGAUCAAAUAAUUCCUAAGAAAAAUUUGCGUCACUCGUGGCAUAUACCCAUUCAAAAUGAAAAUAGUGAAGAUAAUGAAUGUUCUCAG